AUGGGGACUUCUCCUGCGACCGAGUCGAAGUCCCCCAAAUCGUCCGGCAACAAGACAUCACGGCAAGAUACAGCUUCCAAAUCCAAGACCGAUUCCGCCGUAAAGACUGACGGCGCGUCUAAUGCGGAAGCCACCAAACCACUCGCACCGCCGCCUCGACCUGGUCAACAACCACAAGGCAAUAAUACUCCCGACUACUUCUCUGGCCAAGUUGGCGGAUCUCUCAGUCUGGAGCCCAAUCCAUUCGAACAGUCUUUCGGGGGUGGUGGUGGCCCAGAAACCCCAGGAGGCACAAAACUUCCUUCUGUCGCGGCCUUGACCUCGCCGUCUUCGCUUUUGCCCGGCGGCAAUAGUACACCGUUCAACUGGGGAGGAGGUUCGCUGCGCACCGGUCCUCUAAGUCCUGCAAUGUUGUCAGGACCCGCCAACGAUUAUUUCAGCGACACGCACCACAUUCGCGGCGGAUUUCCAACACCAAACGAGUCGUCGUUACGAUCUGGACUUACACCUGGAGGCAGCGGGUCUAUGUUCCCGGCGCCAAGCCCAAACUCUCAAGCAAUCUUCGCACAGCUUGCUAGCGGAGGCGCGACCCCAGGCACAAUCGACUUCCAUCGAACUGCUAUGAGCGCGGCUGCCGCUAAACGCGAGCAAGGACAGCCACAAGCACAACCGCAACCCGCAACGUCACAACCGGCAGACAUGCCAAACGGCACAACUGCUACAGUUAAAACAGAACCCAAACAGGCAUCCGGACCUUUCGACCCACACGAUAACGACGCCGCCAACGGCCUCUUCAUGCUCGCGCAAGGUGCGCAAACCAGAAACGGAAACCAGGCAUCAACCCAAUUUGGCACCUCAGCUGCCCCUAGCCACGCUCACCCGGCUCCAGCACCAGCUCAGGCUUCAAAUACAUCACCAAAAAUGUCGACCAGCCAUGCGGCUUCGCGGGGUGUCAGUGAAGGCACUAACGGGUCCGAAGAGAGCGAGCAAGCCACAAAGCCAGCUCCUAAAGGCAAAGGAAAGAAAGCCACAGGUGGUGCCAAUGGUAGAAGGAAAGCGGAAGAUCCGCCCGCCAAGGCACCUCCUAACAAGAAGCUCAAGGGCAAUACUGGCAUGGCAAAUGGAAUGUCACCCGAACUGUCGGAUGACGAUAUGGAUGAUGAUGGAGAUGACCCCAAUUCCAGGACAAAGAUGACUGAUGAAGAGAAACGCAAGAACUUUCUCGAACGUAAUCGUGUUGCUGCUCUCAAGUGUCGUCAACGUAAGAAGCAGUGGCUUGCCAAUCUGCAAAACAAGGUUGAGAUGUACAGCAGCGAGAACGAUGCCCUCACUGCUCAAAUCACCCAGCUAAGAGAGGAAGUCGUGAACCUAAAGACCUUGUUGUUGGCGCACAAAGAUUGCCCCGUUACUCAGCAACAAGGCCUUCACGGCGCCUUCAUGUCCGGGGUUGUCGAGCCUUUUAAUGCUCAGAUGAAUCCCUAUGGAAUGGCCGGCCCUAUGCCCAACCAACAACAGGUCAUGGCUGGUCAAGGAGUCCAACGCCGAUUCUCAUAG